CAAAAAUUAUUAUACUAAUAAUACAUAAAUCUAAAAAAGUAAAAGAUUUAACAAAUGUGCCUGUGUUAAAACCAACAACUACAACAACAACCACAACAACCAGCAUCAAGUUGAUGUAGAAUAAAAAGAAAAAAAAAGUGCAAAAGCAGAAAAAUUGAGAGAAGAUAAAGAAAACUGCAUAUUUUUAUUUGUGAGUGUAAGAAAGAAACAAACAACAAAAAAUAUCUAUAAACCGAAAUACCAAAGCAUCAUAGCAGGAGGCCCAACCGAAGAUCUUCAUCUCUCUCUCCGGCAGCAAGAAGAGCAGCCGCAACAACAAGAACCCAAAUCAUCAUCCAGACGACCGACACAAGGGACGUGGGCCCCUAGUUUUGUGUUGCGCCGCCAACUGUCGUCUCUACACUAAAAGUGGCACAAAUCGGGUUAGAAGUCGCUCCCAGAGCAUUAAUGGCUCAGCCUAGGUAUGACGAUGGCCUACAUGGCUACGGCAUGGAUUCCGGAGCCGCAGCCGCAGCCAUGUAUGAUCCACAUGCUGGCCAUCGGCCGCCCGGUCUGCAAGGCCUCCCCUCGCAUCAUUCACCCCACAUGACGCAUGCCGCGGCAGCGGCCACAGUUGGCAUGCACGGUUACCAUUCAGGUGCCGGAUCGCAUGGAACACCUAGUCAUGUUUCACCGGUUGCUAAUCACCUAAUGGGCGCUAUACCCGAGGUACACAAACGUGAUAAGGAUGCGAUUUAUGAACAUCCGCUAUUCCCGCUCUUGGCGCUUAUAUUCGAGAAAUGCGAAUUGGCCACAUGUACGCCGAGGGAGCCUGGCGUGCAAGGUGGUGAUGUUUGUUCAUCGGAAUCGUUUAACGAGGAUAUUGCAAUGUUCAGUAAACAGAUAAGAUCACAGAAACCCUACUAUACCGCAGAUCCCGAAGUCGACUCACUGAUGGUGCAAGCAAUACAAGUACUUCGGUUUCACCUUUUAGAAUUAGAAAAAGUUCAUGAAUUAUGCGAUAAUUUCUGUCAUCGAUAUAUCUCAUGUUUAAAGGGUAAAAUGCCAAUAGAUUUAGUGAUCGACGAACGGGACACCACCAAACCACCAGAAUUAGGUUCAGCAAAUGGUGAAGGAAGAAGUAAUGCCGAUUCAACAUCGCACACCGAUGGAGCUAGUACACCAGACGUUCGGCCGCCAAGCUCAUCGUUGUCCUAUGGCGGAGCAAUGAACGAUGAUGCUCGAUCGCCGGGCGCUGGUAGUACACCUGGUCCAUUAUCACAGCAGCCACCUGUCCUAGAUACAUCAGACCCUGAUGGUAAGUUCUUAUCAUCACUCAAUCCUUCAGAACUAACAUAUGAUGGACGAUGGUGUCGAAGAGAAUGGUCCUCACCUGCCGAUGCUCGAAAUGCAGACGCCUCCAGGCGAUUGUAUUCCUCAGUCUUCCUUGGUAGUCCUGACAAUUUUGGAACGAGUGCCAGCGGUGAUGCUAGCAAUGCCAGCAUAGGAAGUGGCGAAGGCACCGGAGAGGAGGAUGACGAUGCGAGCGGCAAAAAGAACCAAAAGAAACGUGGCAUUUUCCCAAAAGUAGCAACAAACAUAUUGAGAGCGUGGCUGUUUCAGCACUUAACGCAUCCCUACCCAUCCGAAGACCAGAAGAAACAAUUGGCCCAGGACACGGGUCUGACGAUACUGCAGGUUAAUAAUUGGUUCAUCAAUGCGAGGCGAAGAAUUGUACAACCGAUGAUCGAUCAGUCAAAUCGUGCAGUUUAUACACCGCAUCCAGGUCCCUCCGGUUAUGGUCAUGAUGCCAUGGGCUAUAUGAUGGACAGUCAGGCGCAUAUGAUGCAUCGUCCGCCCGGUGAUCCUGGCUUCCAUCAAGGCUAUCCCCAUUACCCGCCAGCUGAAUACUAUGGCCAGCAUUUGUAAUGCAACGCAUCCGAUGAGAGGGGAGCAGGAUCAACAACAGCAGCAACAACAACAACAUUAACUGUGGAUGCAACAGAGUUAGAUGCUGAGCAGCAGGCCAAAAUCAUAGCUUAAAUUUACUACUAACACCACCCCCCCUCUCCUUCGAGGGGCAUAGAUCCAGCUAGCAUACCGAGUGGCAAUAUCAGUCAAGUAAAUAGUAAAAACUCUGCGAAAAUCAGCUAAAACCGAUGGAGAAUUGUAGUAAAAAUCUUUUGGAAAUUGAUAUUAGCAAAAAGAAAAACAAAAAGGCAGCAGCAACAACACCAACAGCAACA